AUGUUUAUCAGCGAGUAUAAUCACCUCUGGACAGGCUUGAGCAACCUUAAUGGCUCAUGGGGGGAUCCCAACAUGCUGAAUACAAGUCGACCGAGGCAAUCCUCGGCUGUUGGGAAUAUGUCCAAAAUGCACAUUGCAACGCAAACCAGCACACUGGGUCAGAGUGACAUCUCCAAUGUCGUGAAACGUAGCCAAGAAAGGAGCUCAGGCCGCCGCAACGACAUAGGGUCCGCGCACAGUACACAUAACCGAUCCAAGGCCAUGGAACUGGAUGGCGCACUCAUGCAAGGAGGCGUUCAGAAUCCAAUGACUGAUGAGGCUCGUUAG